UUUUUUGAUCGCUCAUAUGUCCCCAUGGCUUCAUCGCCGGGCGAGUCAGCAAGUACGAAUCCUUGGGAUAGCUUUGUGCUCUCUACCACAAGCAGUCAAGAAUAUGUCGAUGAAAAAUCUCUACAAACGGUAGCCAGCCACCUUGCUGCCGAUCCUAAUGCCUUGGAACUACAAUGCAUCACCAGUGCGGACGACCAAAGCAGUUCCAAUGCUUCUACAUUCCCACUACUUGGCAUUGAAGGGCUGGUGCCAGAAACACCACCAGCAGCCUCUCCCGAAUGGCAGUAUGAGUCGUCUACACCGGACGAGGCGGUUGGAGAAGCACUAAUAUCUCCAAGUAUUGUAUUGGACUCUGCAUAUCUACGAUCUGGUCACAUCACCAUAGACUCUCAACCUAUGUCUAACGAUGGCACCGCAGAUGAAGGGUUAAAGGAUAAAACUGUGCCCUUAAACUCGUUUGAAGGGACCAGUGAUAGCUCACACCCGGAAAGUGAAAGUCUCGAUCCAAUGGAUAUUGUUUUGCUCACCGUCCCUACCCUAGAGGCUCAUAAUCAACAGAUUCCGUUACGGCCAGAUUUUUUUGACCGCAUCCGUCAACCAACAUCAUCCGAAAUAUCUCCUCCUACCAUUCUCCAUAGCGACAUAGAGUCCAAUACAUUGAAUAUCAAUCGGCAAUACGGUGAACGAUUAUUGCGCAAGCGAAGAGAUAUACAAUUGCAUCCGUUCACAAUCGAAAAACUACAGUACAAAGCUCAAGUUGGUCACAUUCACGACUCUCAUCUUUCUCAAUCUGAAAUUCAAAAACGACGGGAUAUUAGAGAAAAGUAUGUACAGCAUGACAAGGAGUUUCUUGAAAGGGCAGCCGCUGCUCAAAAGGCGAAACCAGCGGCGUCUAGGAAGGAACACAUUAGGCGUGUUGCACCAAACCAGCGUCGUCAAAUACACAAACAAGUUCUACCGAUCGCAUCGACAUCCAAGACGAACACCUUACAUUCUCGGACACCUAGAGCAAAAGUGACAUACAAAAAAAAGAAUGUGAUUAUAUCAGCCAACAACGAUGGCAAUAAAACAAGUCCUCUCCAGUCCACACAACGCACUGAAGUUUUACCGUCACAAAAUGGCGCACGGAGGACAAUGCAACAACAGCUGGAUCUACUAUUUCCUGAAUUUUCAAUAGACAAUGUAGAUACGCAAGACAAUGAUACCCGAGAAAAGAGGAAGAGACGACGAGUCAUACAGGAUGAAAGCGAUACGGAUGAUGGCAGUGUUCAAUACCUAGGUGAAGCGGAGACGAUAGCCUCGUCUAGUGCAGAAGAGGACUCACUGGAAGGUCCCAGGAAUCGAUCUUCCAAAGCUCAAGGGCGGCUUGAUGUCCUCAAGGAACGACGAGCUCUCAGAGGAAUAUUACCAAUGUCGUUCACCAAAGUGUUUAGUAAGGAAUUGACCGAGGAUGAAAAAUUGUUACAAGCUCAAAGGAGAGAAAAUCAACAACGGAGGCGAAACCGCGCUGGAUCAGAUAACCUAGCAAAAGAGGUCAGUGGAUUGAGUAUUGCAACCGACCAAGGUGAACACCAAGGAUACGCCAAUAAUUUCACAGCGGAAGCACUCAAUGUGAACGACAUAUUCACUGAUGAUGAAGAAGCAGAUGGCAACGAUGAGCGAAACGACGAUGAUGUCUGGGAUUUGGAGGAUUGGCUUGGGCAGGCAAACGACGAAGCACCGAUACAGGAUGCUGAGGAAUCACGCAAUCAAGAAACCCCAGCCGUACUGCGUGACAAGGAUCCUAUCGAUAGAAUGAUAAUUCGAAGCACGACUUCAAAGCGUUCUGGAAAGUCGAAAUCAGCCCUCAUAUCAAGGACAAAGUCUUCUUCCACGGAUACCAAUCGAAAUAGGGUGUUGAAGUAUUCAAAUCGAUCUCCUGUUGUGAAGCGAACCAACCAACCUCGAAAACCAGCGAGACAGCAAAAAAGCUCUCGACGUUCAAGGCAGACAUCAUCUCAUGUGGAUCGUGGCCGACAGAAGCAGCAGCGGAUAUGGCGUUUCAUGGAUGUGAAGAAAGCAAGAACAAGUCCGUCGUCCGCAACUCGCUUGUCUCAGCCCGAAUCAACACUCGAGGCAGAGGACCAGCAUUUCAAACAAAAAAGAGGGAGUAAAGAGGAUCUGCCUGCUUGGGUUCAGGCACUUCUACAAAGUAAAAAUAAGUUGAGACCGGAUACUGCCCAGGACAAUCCUCAAACCGUUCGACCCAUCAUUCCUUCUGGCGUUGGUCUCUUUUAUCAAUCCGUUGCUGAUGUGACCAAGAUCAAUUGGUGGCAACGACGAGGCCGAAGACGACCUUUGACAGAUACUCUGGAAAACACUGAACCUACCGAUGUUCAACUUGAGCAACAGUACUGGGAACAUGUAGUCGAUCACCGAGAUGAAUCGUCGCCAAGUAGCAUCGAUAGUGAUAUUCAAAUCAUCAAUCCGCAACAACGACCCAAGAAAUCCAUGUCCUCCAAGAAGAAGCGCAAGGUCCAUUCAAAGCAAUCCGACUUGUUUGCUCAUCAUGGAUUUUCAAAGGCCUUUGAUGACCCUGUUGUUCCCGUCAAAAUUCGCUCGGCAGCACCAUUGAAAACGCACAAUAAGGUUGACACGAUAUCUUCAAGUCCAAACAUCUCUUCUACGCAUGGACCGACGGAAACUCAAAUGGCGUUUAUUCGGUUUUUCAAUGAUACCCGCGUCUUUCCAACUACGUUCAGUCCCAAAGAACUGGGAAUGCAAUGGCGCUUACCUAAGGACGGAUUUAUCAUGCGAGGUUUUUUUAAACAAAGCGCCGAAUGCAAUAUCGUGCCGAAUGCAUCUGUAGACUAUAACCAGCUUGUCACAGAGAGUGGAGCAUUUAAAGUGUUUGGUCGUUCCUUUAACAUCAACAGUGGUGGCUGUCUGCAAGAUCUUUUGGAUAUGAUACUAGGGUUCUUUUGGGAAGCCAUGAAGAAGUUUCAAGAUAUGGAGUCUGGUAUACUGGAGAGCGACGCGUUCAUUGUCGAGUUUGGCGAAUUUCUGGCGUUUGUGACCAUUUGGUUACGACAUUGGGUACCGCUUCUUCCGUCCGAGGAACGAAAACCGUGUGAAGACCUUGUUAUCAAGCAAUCAGCUUCGUUUCAAAGACGAAUUUUACAUUCUACCAAAUUGCAUACUAUUCUCAAAUCGAGCGAUCCCUCUGUGUCACUUUCAGUUUCUGUCACACAGAUGCUGCUAAUGUGGUUUGUCUUCUCCAACCAUUGGGAACAGCAAAUUGGACACAACAGCUUUUUACUGCAGUGUAACUCUCAACUGGAUCUCAUGCAAGCUUUACUAUUGUGGCUGGGUCCAGAACCUCUAAGCACUGGAGAUGCUAUCAGCUCAUUUGCUUUGGAGGCAUGGAUAUACUACCUUGAUAAAUUGGUCACCACGAGUUCGCUUGAUAAGUUUUCCACUCUGAUGGCCCACAUCAAAAAAUUCUGCAGGUCGGAUGGGUUGGACCCAUGGCAUACCGCUGAGGUUAUAUGGCAAUGGCUGUUUGUAUUGAAGGAGAUUGAGCAAUACGGCAAUCACGAAGAUCAAACAAAGGAUCACAGUCAGCUCUGGUUCGCGGUGCACGACCUCCUCAAAGAUACUCCUGUGUUGAAUGCGGAGAGCGAGCUGUCCUACUCUGAGAUGCUACAUGUGACAAAUACUCAGUGCAAGGAACAUGUCGAUGACUAUAUUCGAGCUCUGUUCAGUCGUGUGCAUCAGCUAUGUCGAUUAUACCCAUCACCGACCAGUCGCAAAGCUAUUCUUCAGCUGCAUUCAUUUUAUCUCCUUCAACGAUUCCAAGAUUUGGCCACAGAGCAGGAUUCAUCGUUUCCAGAGUUCUUCAUUGACUUUAUUGGCUAUAUUCCGCACGAUGUCUCGCCCGAUGAUAGCUGUUUUCAUAUAUUUUUGAAAAUACUAUGUAUUACGCUGCAGCAAGAGCAAGAUGCCACAAGUCCGGCCAUGGAAAAGGAACGCAGACAGCUGAGAAGAUUUAUAUCGCAACUGGUACCCACUCAUAUCAUGACCAUACGCAACGGUGAUCAUGGCAGUUAUACAGCAUUGGGCAAUCACUUCAACUUAAGCAUGCUGUUCGCUCACGCGGUAUCCAGUGACAUCAUGCGACGUUCAAUUGUCCAAGCCAAGUCGUUUCUCAACUUUCACGAAAGCGAUUCGACGGCACGAAAGAUGUAUUUCGAGGCAUUCACACUGUUGGCUAGAAUCUAUGCGUUUCAUGACGACCGUGAUGGAUUGUGCUGCAUUGUUCAGCUGUUGAGCGAACGAUUGGGGUCCCUUGUCGAGGAAUAUGGCAGUAUGCAGGCUCGACAGUCGAUGGCCAAACAGGGGUUCCUCCCUGUUGAUGACUGGCUUGCUGAUCUAAACGAUCGCCGCGAUUUGAUUGAAAGCGCCUUCAUUUACAUAUGGAAAAUUGUCCGUGAUGCUGUCUCUGUAGCGGCCGGAUGGUUUGAGCUGACUUCUAUAAGUCUUGACCAAGCAUGGAGUUGUAUUUUGGACAUCACCACCUCGUAUCCUGACGGAACGCGGCUUUAUGCAGUCAACUUUAUCCGAAGUAUCCUUGCUGUUCGUCAACAACGGGUCGCUCGACUCAAAGACCAAACCACUCACAGUACAGCACAAGAGCUGUCAUUAUCCUUAAAAUCAAGUGAUAGUCAAGACUUUGACAUGUUUGACGACUUUGAUUAUGAGGCCAUCGAUAUGCAAAUUGAAAAAGUUUAUUUUGACGAUGCUGACCGUCGUUUAGCGCAGACCAUCAAGUCAUGGGUGUUGGUGGCGCUUCAGUCGUUACUGCCACAUACACCAUCUGAUAGCGAGCUACAACAGGCCACUCAAUUGGCUGUGAAUGAAUGCCAACAGCUACUGAAUGACCAUCGUAUGUGACACCCUCCCCCCAUGUUUAUCACAACCCCCUUCGGCCCGACUUGCCGCUGAAGAAAGGGAUCUCGCGCCUCCUGUAUAUAGCAAAAAUUGUAACAUUACCAUGUCUUAGAAUCACUAUCAAAAUGGAUCGCACUAGAUUAAAGUUACACACAAGUCGC